AUGCAAGUUGCGAGACUUACCUGCUGGUUUUGGUCGAUGUCCAGCAUAAAAGUCGAUAAAGGUUUCCGAUUAGUAAUUAUUGGUGCUGGACCUACUGCAUUCGGUAUGCUCCAUCGUAUUUAUUCAUUGAUAGCGGAAGGAAUCAUAUCGAAGGAGGACAUACAGAUUAUCGUUCUGGAAAAAGAAGAUGAAGUUGGUGGUUUGGCAAGAUCAGUAACAGAUGAAAAAGGAUUCACGUGGGAUUUAGGUGUACAUGUUUUGGGUGUGUCAAAGUAUCCGGAAUUCGAAAAAGUUAUUAACUCUGUUGUGAAUAAGUGGAAUAAAGUCAGGCGUUCUGCUAAGGCCGAUUUAGCUCAUUUAUUUAAAAGCGAUAAUUCGUGCAGCAACUACGUACCAUAUCCUGUUCAACAUUCUAUUCCCUAUUUUCCACCUAGUAUUAGGCAAAAAUGCAUCAAUGAAUUGAAAGACCUGCAAGGCUUACCUGUCAAUUACCAUACAAUCGUAAGUCAAUCACAAGAAACAGUUUAUACAAGUGCUGCUAAUGUUGUGAUUGGAAAAGAAAGUGGAAUUACUGUGUUUGUUUCGGUAUGGACAGUUGAACUGGAAGAAAUGAACGCAUUUUGGGCAUGGAAUCGAAUACCAAAUAUUGAUUUGUCUAGUAUUGAAUUACACUGUGGACGGAGCCGGCAAGAACUUGAAAGUGAUCUUAGAUCAUCUAUGGCAUGCUUCAGAUAUCCGAGAGACUACAAAGGUGUAGGCAAAAUUUGGAAAAAAAUUGCUGAACGAUAUCCAGAGUCCAUUUUUCAUUUUCAAGAAAGAGUACGAAGGAUCGAUAUUAAAGCAAAAAAGGUAAUUACGGAAGAUUUAAACUGCGAAACACAUUCGUAUGAUUAUAAUGCUGUAUUGUCUACCUUACCGAUUCCUGAACUGUCGAGGAUCUCUACAGUAAUUAGUGAUGUCAACUUAAAACAUUCCAAGGUAAUCCUUGUUGGUCUUGGUUUGAAAUAUCCACAGUGCGAAUGGACUCAAUUUGUAACGUGGGCGUAUUUUCCAUUACCUGACACUAUUUUUUAUAGAUGCACCUUCUUAUCCAAUUUCAACGAUAACUUAACACCAGAUUGCAAUCAAUUUUGGUCAGUUCUAUGUGAGAUCGGAUUGGAAGCUGACGCCAGUUUUGUUGAAGAAGAAGUUAUAGUUAAAGUAGUUGAAGGUUUGAAACUCAAAGGCAUAAUAGCUGAUAGUAACGAAAUUGUUGACAAAUGGUUGUGUAUUCUGCCAUAUGGAUAUCCGAUUCCAACUGUUAACAGAGACGAAGAGUUACAACGCUGUCAUGAAGCGUUCCAAGCACAUAAUAUUUAUUCACGUGGACGAUUUGGUGGUUGGAAAUAUGAAAUAUCUAAUCAGGACCACUGCUUCAUAAUGGGCAUGCAGUGUGCAGACCUCAUUCUUCUUGAAGUUAAGGAAACAUUGUAUACUUUUUAA